AUGGAAGCAGUGGCGUUUUCUUUUGCAUUCAUUAUGGAACAGACGCACUCUCAGAAACGGAUGCAACAUCAACAAAGCAUUCAUUACGGAAUACCCUCUUCCAUUUCACAUGUGGCAAGAGACAAGUUUAUGGAUCCAUAUAGUCAACAUUGUAGCUUUCAAAACCUCUUAAACAGUCAACAACCAAGCACUCAACACCCUUAUCAGUCUGUUCGUGAACCUUGUAUAGACACAGUCUCUGCGUCGGAUGCCUCUGUCUUCGGUUCACAAUGGACUGAAGAUGGCAACGACGAUGCAGAGACUGUGUCUGACCGUAAAGAGAGACGUAAAUGGUCACCAACAGAAGAUGGUGUGCUGAUAAGUGCUUGGUUAAACACCUCCAAAGACCCAGUUGUAGGGAAUGAGCAGAAAGCAAUUGCGUUUUGGAAACGAGUUGCGGCUUAUUUUGCUGCGAUUCCAAAGCUGGCUUGUUUACAGAAGAGAGAGCCAACGCACUGUAAACAAAGGUGGGGGAAGAUCAAUGAGGGGGUCUGCAAAUUUGUUGGCUGUUAUGAUGCUGCAACGAAGCAGAGAUCGAGUGGACAGAAUGAGAAUGACGUUUUGAAGAUGGCUCAUGAGAUUUUCUACAAUGAUUACAAGGUGAAGUUCACACUGGAGCAUGCAUGGUUGGAGCUUCGCCAUGAUCAGAAAUGGUGUGGAGCUUCUUCUGAUAAAGUACAGUCUAAAAGAAGGAAGUUAGAUGACGGAUCUGCACAGUCAUCAACCUUUGUGCCAGGAAGCCAUGGAGAGGAUGAAGCUCGGCCUGUUGGUCUUAAAGCAUCAAAGGCCAAAGAAAAAAGGUUAGUGAGCAAGCAAGGGACUUUGGAAGAGGAAGUGAAGGAGAGGAUGGAGUUUCAGAGCAUGUGGAUGAUAAGGCAAAAUGACUUUGCUUUGAAGGAGAAGCUUAACAAGCAAAAAUUGCUUGAUAGCCUCAUUGCCAAGACAGAGCCACUGAGUGAACUUGAAAUAGCUUUGAAAAAUAAGCUUAUUAAUGACAUGUUGGCUAUUUAG